UCGUUGAAGGAAGAAUGAUUCAUGGCGCUGGUUGUAUUUUCGCUUGCCUCUUGGCAGGCAGUUCUUUUGUGUCUAUUGUUUGCCCUGAUUUAUGUAGGGAGUUUAUAUGUUUGGGCAAGUGUUGGAAAUAAAACAAGAGACCAUCCUGAUGUUAUUAAAAGGAGAUUUAUGAGUGUUGCUGUCAUAUCUGUCAUAGUUCCACUACUAUUAUGUUGUUUUGGUACAGAAUCCAGCAAAGGGGAGACCUUGUUAGAAUGGAUGGGAAUAAGAUUCAGAGGAUUUUUUCCAGCAUUGUUGAUUCCACUUGGUCUUACUAUGAUUUUAUUCACAGGACCAUUAACCUUACAUUACAUGGAUGGUGUAUUCGGUUUGUACUUAGAGCCAAAGUAUUGGACACAAAGUGCCACAAAUCUAGUCUGGUUAAGAAACCAUAUAGUCGCUCCAUUUUCAGAAGAAUUUAUAUUUAGAGCCUGUAUGCUGCCAUUACUGGUUCCUUGUUUUGGUCAAGGAUUAUCUGUGUUCCUCUGUCCACUGUUCUUUGGAGUAGCACAUGUUCAUCACAUGAUAGAGAAAGUGACAACAGGUGGAUUAGAUGUCAAAACAGCUUGUAAACAGUCAUUAUUCCAGUUAACAUACACAACCCUAUUUGGUAUUUAUUCAGCAUUCUUAUUCCUAAGAACAGGUCACCUGAUAGCACCUGUGAUAGCCCACGCUUUCUGUAAUCACAUGGGAUUUCCAUCGUUUGGUGAAGUGAUGGGACAUCCACAGCCUGUUAAACACAAACUUAUUGCUAGUUUUAUUCUGGGACUGUUCAUGUGGAUUGUACUGUUCUAUCCAGUUACUACUCCUUUUCUGUAUUCUAAUUAUAUUUAUGAUUCAUAGUAGUGAACUGUGUUCUGUGAAAAGCCUUUAGCAGUCAUGAUUGAAGUCAGAUAUCAGUGUUUUAGUUAGAAUUUAAAGGUACCAGUUUAAAAUGAAGAGCAUAUUAUAGUGUGAUUGUUUGUUCGAGAAGAGAAACUAGACCAUGUGUAUAGACAUGAUAGAUAAAAAAAAAUUGAAAUGAAUU